UCCACCUUGCAAUUUUGUUAGUGUCAACAUAUAGAACGUCGACCAUACUUUAUACCGUACCCUGUUAAUGCAUUUCUUACUGUUUUCAAGGGAAAAUGGAUGAUACAGAAAGCUUCUGUGGCGCGUCAGAAAUCUGGGAUGAAACACUCUUGUCAAACAAUACAUUCCCAGAGUUUACAGAUUGUUUCCAGAACACCAUAUUAGUAUGGGUACCAUGUGGAUUUCUAUGGAUUACGGCACCAUACUACCUUUACUAUCUUGUCAGUUACAAAGGUUCUCCAAGACAACAUUCAUUUUUGAACAUUGCAAAGACAUUCAUAAGUGGUAUACUGUUCAUCUUAACAAUAGUGGAUGUCUUUAAAGCAAUCAGUGACCACAGAGUUAAUCCUACACCAGUAGCUGUGUAUCUAGCUGCAGCCUUAAAACUAUUCUCUUUUUUUCUAACCAUCUGUGAGAUACAACUAGAAAGGAUAAGAGGAUUUGUUACAUCAGGAAUUCUAUUCAUUUUCUGGUUUACUAGUUUAAUAGCAUCAGUGAUACCAUUUUAUACCCUCAUAAUUAAAAAGGUUUACACUGAUGACAUACUUAGAUUCAGUUUGUUUUUUCUGUAUUUUCUUCUCCUUCUGUCUCAGUUCAUACUUCAUUGUAUUGCAGAGGAGGUGUCAGAGAGUUCUUCUGGCAAAUACAAUAUUGGAGUUAAACCUUGUCUUGAAGUACAGGCUUCAUUUUUGUCAAGAAUUACAUAUUGGUGGAUGAAUGGUCUUAUUGUCACAGGUUAUAAAAAGGAUUUGGAGGAAACUGAUAUUGCUGAUCUCCAUCCUCGAGACAAAAGUGAUCAAGUUGUUCCAAAUUUUGAAAAAGUAUGGAAGAAAGAAUUAAAGAAACAUGCAGUCAGAGAUAUCAAACCAGCUACUACAACCCAAGUGCCAAGUACUUCAACCAGUGUGAAACAGCGUAAAAUUCAAAGACAGGAUAAAAUACAAGAGGAAACUCCAUUUUUGGGAAAUGAGAAUGAGCCUGAAGUGGUUAUAAAGGAGGGUGCCAAACCAGAAAAGCCUCAAAACAAGGCUUCCCUAACAAAAACUUUGUUUAAGGUGUAUGGAGUAGACUUAUUUAAAUCCUGGGGAUGUAAAUUGGUGUAUGAUUUUCUACAGUUUAUGUCCCCUCUACUACUAAAUGCUUUGAUUGGCUACACAAAUAAUAGAUUUGCAGGUCGUCCUGAAGCGGAAUGGAAAGGAUACAUAUUAGCUGCUGGAUUUUUUGUUGUUGCUAUUUUCCAGUCAACAUUUUUCCAUCAAAAUUUCCACAUCUCUAUGACAACAGGAAUGAGAGCAAGGUCAGCACUCAUUGCUGCCGUGUUUAAAAAGUCACUGACAAUGAACAAUGAAGCAAAGAAGUCAUCAACAGUUGGAGAAAUUGUAAACUUGAUGUCAGUUGAUUGUCAAAGAUUUCAGGAUGUGGCUGGUCAGUUAUGGAUGAUCUGGUCAGCUCCAUUACAGAUUCUCCUUGCCACAGUGUUGUUAUGGCAACAACUUGGUCCAUCUGUACUAGCAGGACUUGGAGUCAUGUUAUUACUAAUCCCACUAAAUAUUGUCAUAUCAACGAAACAACGGAAACUACAGGCAGACCUGAUGAGAUAUAAAGAUAACAGAAUUAAAAUGAUGAAUGAAAUACUUAGUGGUAUGAAGGUAUUGAAGCUGUAUGCUUGGGAAUCCUCUUUUCAAGACAAAGUUACAGAAAUUAGAAAGAAGGAAUUAGACGUUUUAAGAAAAUAUGCCUACCUCAAUGCAUUCAGUUCUUUUUCAUUCACUUGUGCUCCAUUUCUUGUUACGUUAGCCACCUUUGCCACCUACAUUAUGUCAUCAACAGAGAACUAUCUUGAUGCACAGAAAGCCUUUGUAUCACUGUCAUUGUUUAAUAUCCUCAGAUUUCCAAUCAAUCUACUGCCAAUGAUGAUCUCAUUCAUUAUACAGACAAAUGUUUCAAUCAAGAGAUUGUCAGCCUUUCUAAAAAGUGGUGAUUUAAACUCAGAUAAUGUACAACAUGAACAAAUUUCUGGAACAGUCAUUAAAGUAGAGAAUGGAACAUUUACCUGGGACAGUGAAGCACCUCCUGCGCUGAAAAACAUCGAUUUAGAGGUAGCUGAGGGAGAAUUGAUUGCUGUGGUAGGAACUGUUGGAUCAGGAAAGUCAUCAUUGAUAUCUGCAUUUCUAGGAGAAAUGGACAAGUUACAAGGAAGGGUCAAUGUAAAGGGGAAAAUAGCAUAUGUACCACAACAGGCAUGGAUACAGAAUGCAACUGUUAAAGACAACAUUUUGUUCGGAAGAGAGAUGAACCUGGCAAAAUAUGAUCAAGUGAUUGAAUCUUGUUCAUUGAAAAGAGAUUUUGAAAUCCUAACAGGAGGUGACAUGACAGAGAUUGGUGAGAAGGGAAUAAAUUUAAGUGGUGGACAGAAACAGAGAAUCAGUUUAGCAAGAGCUGUUUACAACAAUGCUGAUAUUUAUUUGUUAGAUGACCCUUUGAGUGCUGUUGAUUCCCAUGUUGGUAAACACAUGUUUAAAAAUGUCUUUGGCAAGAAAGGACUCUUAAAGAAUAAGACAAGAAUUUUAGUAACACAUGGUAUCCAAUGGUUACCAAUGGUUGACAGGGUAGUAGUAUUGGUGGAUGGACAGAUUUCAGAAAUGGGAACAUACGAGGAGUUAUUAAGCCAUGAAGGAGCAUUUGCACAGUUUCUGAAUGCUUAUUUCACUGAGGUCAAGGAGGAGGAUGAGGAGGUUGACCUAGAUAAUGAUCCUGAAGUGAUUGAAGAAAAGUGCCGUAUACUGGAACGUUUUCAGUCUGUGACACAUGAAAAAUGCUGGUUUGACAAGGGAAAGAAUACUGAAAGGAGGGCAGAGAAGUUACAGAAGAAGGCUAUGUUAGUCAGAACAAUUUCUAUGAUAGAUGAGAGUGCUUUACCUACUACAGAGAAUAAAGUGAAACAACCCGAGAAACAAGUGGAAAAAUUAAUUGAGAAGGAGAAAGAAGGACAUGGAAAGAUUGAAUGGACGGUUUUCCUGUCAUACUUUAAAGCAGUAGGGAUUCCUGCCAUGGUCAUCAUUUUCCUGUUAUUUAUGGUAUACCAAGGAACCAGUAUUGCAGCUAACAUAUGGCUCAGCUUGUGGAGUGAUGAUGAUCUUUUAGCUAAUAGAAGUUUGACCAAUACAACUGCAUAUUCAGAUAAAAAUACAAUGUAUUUAGGAGUGUAUGGUGGUCUGGGAGUAGUACAAGCUGUUCUUAUAUUGAUAUAUUCACUGCUUGGUACAUUGUCCUAUGUGAAAGCUGCUGCUAAACUUCAGCAUAACAUGCUUGUAAGCAUCAUGAGAGCUCCAAUGUCAUUUUUCGACACCACACCAUCUGGAAGGAUUGUGAAUCGUUUCUCUGGAGAUGUACAGAUGAUUGAUGUAACCUUGCCAAUGACCUUUCGAAUGUGGAUCAUGAUCUUUUUCCAGACAUUGAGCACAGUGAUUGUCAUAUCAUACAGUACACCUAUAUUUUUAAGUGUCAUCGUUCCACUUGGAAUAUUUUACUACUUCAUUCAGAGAUUUUAUGUUCCAUCAUCAAGACAGUUACAGAGACUAGAAUCCACAUCAAAAUCUCCCAUUUACAACCAUUUUAGUGAAACAUUGAGUGGAGCUACAAGUCUAAGGGCAUAUAAAGCACAAGAUAGAUUCAUUCAGGAAUCACUGUACAGAGUGGACAAAAAUAUUAGUUACUAUUUCACUAAAAUCGCUUCACAGAGAUGGCUGGGUUGGAGAUUAGAGUUGAUUGGAAAUCUGAUUGUAUUUGCAGCAGCAUUAUUUGCCGUGUUGACACCAAAUGUAGAAGGAGGUGUUGUUGGCUUGUCUAUAUCUUAUGCUCUACAGAUAACUGGUGCUCUGAACAUGUUUGUCAGGACUUCCAGUGACCUGGAAUCUAAUGUUGUUUCUGUUGAGAGAGUUAAAGAAUAUGCUGAAGUGGAACAGGAGGCAGAAUGGAUAAAUCCUAACAAGAGGCCCCCAUCAGACUGGCCUGCUUUAGGAGAGUGUAAAUUUGAUAAUUACAAGACAAGAUACAGAGCUGGGUUAGAUUUAGUGAUAAGAGGAAUCACAUGUAAUAUUGCUGGAGGACAAAAGGUUGGAAUUGUGGGUAGAACUGGAGCUGGCAAGUCUUCAUUGGCAAUGGCGUUGUUCCGUCUGAUUGAGUCUGCAGAGGGUAAAAUCAUUAUUGACGGAGAAUGUAUUUCUGAAAUGGGAUUACAUGAUCUUCGCCAAAAACUUACAAUCCUUCCUCAGGACCCUGUUUUAUUUUCUGGAUCUCUCAGAAUGAACCUUGACCCUAUUGACCAAUACAGUGAUGAACAGUUAUGGAAAUCAUUGGAGCAUGCUCAUUUAAAAAGUUAUGUGGAAGGUCUAGCCGAUAAAUUAAACUAUGAAUGUGGUGAAGGAGGACAAAAUCUCAGUGUUGGCCAAAGACAAUUGGUUUGCUUGGGUCGCUCCUUACUUCACAAGACAAAGAUACUGAUUCUAGAUGAAGCCACAGCUGCUGUUGACAUGGAAACAGAUGAGCUAAUUCAGAAAACAAUUCGUUCUGAGUUUAAAGAUUGUACAAUACUUACCAUUGCUCACAGACUUAAUACAAUUUUGGAUUAUGAUAAGGUAAUGGUUUUAGAUCAGGGAAAAAUUGCAGAGUUUGAUGGACCAAAUGAAUUAUUAGAGAACAAGACUUCAAUAUUUCAUGGAAUGGCUAAGGCUGCUAACAUUGUAUCUUAGGUAGUUUUAAAAAAAGUAAUAGACGGGAGGAUAUUUUGUCAGAACAAAUUAAUUUCCUUGGUAUGUUUUAUUAUUGUGCCAUAGAAAUGUAUAAUGUUUAUUUUGCAAUUUAAAAAAUACACAAACUAUUCAUCAUUGUAUAUUAUUAAAAUUGGUUCAAAGGCCAGUCUGAAAAUCAAAAGUAAACUUAGCAGUAUUGAAGAAUUAUUCCACCAUUGAUGUCAUUUUUGUGUUUAAUUAUAUCAUUGUUUUAGGAUAUUUAUUUUGAUAUAUGUAAGGCAGCUUUAUGUCAGUCAAUUUUUAUAGUGUGCAUUUAUAUAUAAAAUAUUUGGUAACUAAAAACUAAAAUUUGUUUCAAUAAGAAACUUUAUAAUAAUAGACAACUUUCGAGUUCGAUGCAUUUCCGUCAAAAACUUUGGUUUUAGUGAACAUCAUCCGUGCGUUUAGGGGCGUCGUCACUUCUGUUCCAAUGUUGAGCAAGUGGUUGGAAAAUUAUAAAGCUAUAUGGCACGAAUUAUUCGGCAAAUUGAAUUCUCAUAAUUGUCUUUCAGCACUGCUGUCAUUAGGGAAUUGUGAUUAAGUACCUACAGAACAAAUAUUAUUUCUAGUUUAUCCUGCACAAUAACGAUCACUAAGAAGCUUGAUUAACAUUUAUAGUGCAGGGAUACAGCAAUCCCCUCUAUCUGGUAAAUGACGUCAUAAAGGCGCGCAUAAUUGACGAGUUUUUUCUGGUGACGGACAAACUCGAAAGUGGUCUAUUAGUUACCUAGUGAUAAAAUUUAGAUAUUCAAUCAGUUACAUAGGGAGACAACUGAAAUAUUCAGUUAUUUAUCAAGGCAAACUUCUGAUAUUAUACAAUUACGGCCCUCUGAGGAGUGGGAUAUCUCCCAACUCAAAAGGCCAAUACUGUUUUAAUAUGCCGAACAAAUAUUGGGCGGUGAAUAAUAGGGUGAAUGGUACAAUUUGUCAAGGUUAUUCACCUGCCCUGUCAAUUUGGACGAAAAUAUCCAAAUUAAUUCACACCAUGUUAUCUUUUAUUAGCCAAUGGAUUUAUCUAAUUAUACUGUGAGGUAUAAUAAAUUCAAUUAUUAGUCUAGGCAAACAACUGAAAUAUUCAGUUACUAACCUAGGAUAACGUUUUAUAUAUUCAGUCAGUUGCUAAGGGUAAUGAUUUGAAUACUUUACCUUUAGUGAUAAGGGAUAAAGGGGAAACUUUUUAUUAUUCCCUGAGAUAACUUUCUAGUGUGUAUCAAUGGAUCUUUGGAAAGUAUUUUUUCAUAAGAAUGACAGUUCUGUGAACAAACAGAGGCAAAAACUCGCGCUGAACCAUUAUCUUUUAUAAAUUUAUAAAUAUUUAUUCAUUUUGAUGAAUGAAAACAUUCUGUAUAGUUAUUUGCAAAAAUUUCAUUUACAGCAUGUAUAUUUUGUUGAAUUUUUUUUUUUUACAACUCCACAGCUGUUUCAAAGUUUUAAAGGUUACGUAUAUCUUUUGGAAAAUUUUAAACAAUUUCUAACCAGAAAGGUUAUAUAUGUAUAUACUCUUUAAAAAUCAUUUUCCAGAGUUUAAAUUUAGAGGCAUACUUAUGUUUGAAAUUGCUUGGUGUAAACAUUACUUGAGAGAGACAAUCCACUUAGCUCCACUUGUUUGUCUUUGAAGAAUUUUGUUAUGACUUUGAUUAUCUAUAUUAUGUCUUGUUGUAUUUUGGUGUUUAUGAAUUUUUUAUGCAAGUUUGUUUAUAUAUUUGUAGUUGGCAUAUAAUUUUAGAAUUAAACAAAUACUUUUA